CGGUGCCCGGACCUGAGCCGGAGGGGAGCAGGACUCAUGGUGGACUCACCGGGACUCCCAACGCCGGAUUAACGGAGGGUGCUCGGGACUCCGAGCACCCUCAUCAAAUUCCGUUUGAAAAUGAUUUCGGGCGAGGACCUCGAUUCCGAGGAAGUUAUUAAAGAGCUGUGUAUGUGUAACGGUUUGAACUUCGAAAAGAUCAAUCAAGAAGGGCCGGCUACGGGAACGCUUGAAAUGUUUUUCUCCGGUUACCCGAAGAUGGUCGGAUUGUCUUAUUUUCCAAAUCUAACGCGCCUCGUUCUAGUCGGACAACAUAUAGAACGGAUCGAGGGUCUCGAGUCCUGCCGCUCGCUGCAAGAGCUUUGGGUUACUGAAUGUCGCUUAACCGAAAUUGAAGGACUUCAGCACUGCCCCCAACUGAAAAAGCUUUAUCUUUAUCAUAACGACAUCUCAAAAAUUGAGGGUCUGGGACCACUAACAGAGUUAGAAGUGCUUUGGCUGAACGAUAAUGAAAUAGAAGCAAUAGAGGGAUUGGAUAAUUUGCAGAAUUUAAAAGAGUUAAAUCUGGCUGGGAAUUUUAUACACUCGAUAGGGCAGUGCUUGGAUCCCAAUGCACAACUUGAGCGGUUAAAUCUAUCCGGAAAUAAAAUAUCAUCUUUCACGGAACUCACCAAUUUAGCCAGACUGGCAAACCUGAAGGAUUUGGGGCUGCAGGAUCCAGAAUACGAGCCAAACCCCGUGUGCCUUCUGUGUAACUACACAAUCCACGUUCUAUACCACGUGCCUCAGCUGCGGACGCUCGACACGUAUGAUGUGUCCAGCAAGCAAAUCAAGGAUUUCGCAGAUUCCACAGUGAUGAAAAAAAUGAUGUAUUAUAACAUGCGAGUCAAGACUAUUCACCGACGACUUAAGGAAGAGACGGACAAAUUGGAGCAGCGGAAAAGCAAAGAAAAGCAGCUUCCGGAGGAGCAAAUUAAAGUGCUGAGUUUCUUAACCAAAAGCCUCGAGCAAGAACUAUCCAGCAUUCGGCCGUCAGGCUGUAUCCAAAAGAAUAGCCCUUCCUCCCAUGGAAGUGAUGAAGAUCAUUGUGACGCCGGCGAGUCGGACCGCGACGAGGAAAAUCAGAGGAAGGAUUCAAACCGGGUAGAGCAGAUUCUUAAGAAAAUAUGUGCUCUGAAAGAGAGGAUGAUCUUCUGGACCCAGCGCCUGCACGAGAUAGAAGCCAUUCGUGAGAAAGAAGUUACGAAGACAAAAGAAAGCUUUGAUCUCUUGGUCCGGUUCCUGCAGACGGAGCUGGAAACCGUUGGGAACGUUCGCUUUGAAGAAGGUGUUCCAUCAGAUCCCUGGUUUAAAUCGUGUUACGAUCUGAUUUUAUCGCGAUUUUGUGCCUGGGAUUUUAAGGCUUACGGAAUCUCUGGGGUGAAAAUAAACCGGAUAGUCAGGGUGCACAACAGGAUCCUCCGGAUGCAGUUUGAGGAUAAAAUGCAAGAACUGAUGGAAAACGAAGACUUAGGAGACUCGGAAAACCACCGGAAGAUGUUCGAGUACCUUUUUCAUGUUUUUGACCCAAAGUUUCCAGUGGAAAAGGAAAACCUGUUGCAGGUGCUUGUGCGCGGUUUCAGGGACAAUAAAGUAGCCAAGCUGUAUGAACAAGAACAAGACAGCGCUGUCCUGCUGGCCAACAGCGUGAGCUUCUGUGAAGGUUCCAGACUCGAGUGCUUACAAAAGCAGCAAUCCAUGGCCGAGAAAACCAGAAACCACGACCCGGAGAGCUUUAAAUACGGAAAACUUGUCAUCUGUAAAGUUUUCCUUGGCCACAGCGUUAUCGCGCGGGAAAACGUCCCCAUCAAACCUGAGAAUUACUUCAAAUCCAAUUCAGUCUUCAGACCGAGGAAACAUGAGAACAGCAAUUUAUAUCCUGCAAGCGAUGGGUUCUGCUCCUCGGAGGAGCACGCCGCCUGCUCCUGCAGCUCGCGUCAGUGUGAGUGGUUCGUCUUCGAUGGUGAACUCGCUCUGCCGGAGUACGUCGUGGACUUUGAAUUCGUUACCCAGGAGGACUCGACGUUAUUUUCUUCACCGACCGGUGUUAGAGAUUUAUCGCGGGAGUGCGAAUCUGAUGAGGAACUUCUUAAAAUGGAGCCUGUCUUGAAGCCAAAACCAAAACUAAUCACUUUAGAUGAAAAGUCAAUUCUAUCAGCAUCUAAAUCCAACAUCUACAGCCAGAUAACAGUGCUGGAUCUUCAUGGCAAUCGGUUGAGUAAAUUAAAGGACAUCUUCAGACUUAACGCCCUCAGGAAACUGAUCAUUAGUUUCAAUGAAUUUUCUAGUCUGGAGGAUAUCUCAUACGUGCCGAAUUUGGAGUACGUGGAUUGCAGUCAUAACCGGGUGACCACGCUGGAGGGGCUGAGGGGCUGCGGGAAACUCCAAUACCUGGAUCUACGUUGGAACCGGCUGACAAAAACCCGAGAAGAAAUUAAUAUUCUGCACAAGCAGGCGGCGCAUGUCCGGUCCCUGCAUGUACAGAACAACCCGUGGCAGGAGCCAGCUUUGGUGCGCAAGAUUGCGAUUGGACGAUUAAAGUCUCUGACUCAAUUGGACGGGAAGCUCGUCACCGAAAAAGACAUUUCCGAGUCCGAGGACUUUUAUUCCGGAUCCCGAAUAUCUCAGCUGUCGCUGCUGGCCAGGUGUGGAACGGACCCCGUAAAGCCGCGCCGUCUCAGUCUCCUGCCUUCUCCUGAACUCCUGACGAGCAGGGACUGCCUGAGUCCGAGCGCUGACUUAAGUGUGAGCGGCUUCCACUCGAUUACAUCACUUAACUUCGAUGGACAAAAUCUCUUCAGACUCUCACAUUUAGAAAAGCUGGAAAAUUUGAGAUGGGCGUCUUUCAGUAACAAUCAUCUGUCGAAAACCGAAGGAUUGGAGCGUUGUGUCAACUUAGAGGAACUUUAUCUGGAUGGAAACCGGAUCGCAACCCUGGAAGGUCUUUCAAAGUUGACUAAGCUCAGACGGCUCAGCAUUAACAACAAUCAACUUACCAGCUUCGACAGAGACGCCAUCGACAACCUGUCGCAUCUUCACUUCCUGUCAGCUGAGAACAACGGCGUCACCUCAUUGGUCGGUUUGCAGAAGGCCUUCGCGUUACUAGAACUCUACUUAAGCCAUAACAAAAUCGCUAGCAAUCAGGAAGUUUACUCCUUGAAGGGUUUAAGCAAUUUAGUGAUUUUGGACUUGUAUGGGAAUCCGUUGGUGAAACCCGAUAAUUACAGAUUGUUUGUAAUCUUCCACCUUCCAGCCCUGAAAGCCCUGGAUGGAACCGCUGUGGACCCAAACGAGAGCGAAAGCGCCAAGGAUGUUUUUGGAGGGCGACUCACCUCCGAUAUGAUUGCGGAGAAAAUCGGCCACCAGAAUUUCACUGAAUUGCAAGAGUUAAAUUGGAGAUCCUCCUCGAUCAGAUCGGUCGAUCUCCUCCCCGUCGAUCACUUUAGAAGGACCCAUACGGUGAACUUGGAGAACAACAACCUCACGUCCUUCAGUGGCUUGAUUUUCCUCUCGAAUGUGAAGAACCUGUACCUUAACCACAAUCGCAUCGAGUCGCUCCUGCCCAGACAGAAGUCCCAACAUCACCUAACCAACCGGCAGAUACUUCACCAGAAGGUCACCUCCAGCGGCUACGGGCAGUCGAAGGGAAGCAGAGACGCGCUGUGCGGGGAGACGUUGGCCCCCGUCAUGCCGAGCUUGGAGGUCCUCCACCUGGGUUAUAACGGGAUCAGUGGUUUGCCCCAGCUGCAGCUCAGCCGGCUCCCGAAUCUCAAAUCCCUCCAUUUACCGGGGAACGACAUCAGCCAAGUGGAAGGACUGGAAGGUCUCCGGUCCCUGCGGGAGCUCGCGCUGGAUCACAACCGGAUUAAACUUAUCGGCGAGAAUUCAUUCGCCGAAACCAACUCGCUGCUCUGCCUCAACCUGGAGGAGAACCGACUCCGGGACCUCGGUAACCUCUCCCCGCUCAAUAAGUUACAGAAGCUCUUCGUGGGAUUCAAUAAGCUCCAGGAAAUGUCAGAAAUAGACAAGCUGGAAGCUAUUCCCACGCUUCUAGAACUCUCCGUAUCUGGAAACCCAAUGUCCCGUAAAACGUUCCACCGGCAGCUCGUCGUUCUCCGGCUGCAAAACCUGCAGGUUUUAGAUGGAGUCGCCGUGACCCAAGAAGAGCGAGCAAGAGCCGAGAUGCAUUACCUGGAACAGCAAGCGCUGGCAUACCCGAAUUCCGGUAUGGACGUGGCGUAUCCCGCUCCCACGUUAAUCAUGUCCCGACCCCACCAUUUCCGAGUAACGAAUGUAUGCCUGUCUGGGGGGGUGCACCACUUCGUUGGGGCCGACGUCCGCUUAAAUAGCCCGCAGGACAACAUCUUGCAGAACGAAGCCAGUAAGCAUAAGAAGCACAAGCACCAAGCUGCAGCUGCGGCAGGUAAUCCACGCGCCAUCAAUGCAGACGCUGCCUUCCGGCAGCUCAGAGGAGGAGCGAACCUGGCCGGGUCCUACCUGACACCGCAAGCCGGCCAGGCCAGGGCCCCGCAUGCCUACCCCGGCAGUCAGGGCCACGAGGCCAGGACGCAGGGUUACUGGAACGCGCGUCAAAAUCAAAUGUGAGGACCAACAAAUCAUUUAGGAAAGAACUCGUCACGCUGGAGACUAACGCCCCAAAACGUAUACAACCAGAUCUACCUCGCUGUAUAACCACAAGCAUAUUAAACGCUGUCAACGACC